AUCUUCUUGGAUCCCUGUGUAACUGAUCGAUGUUUCUGAACUCUUCCUUGCAAGCUUCACAACCAGCCAAAAUGAAGCUGAAGCAUAACAUCAACCCUGUUCUGCUGCAGUUUAUAAACUUUAUAAUCUUGUUGUACACCUUUGUAACAUACAUUCCGUGGUACAUAUUUUCAGGAUCGAGGCAUGCUAUAGCAAAAGCCAAGCAGGUUAAAGCUAAACCUGUGAAUAACAAGCCUGGGGGUGCAUACAGAUCUGUUAACAGUCUACAUUGCUUAGCUUCAGUUUUAUAUCCUGGGUGUGAUACACUCGACAAAGUUUUUAAGUAUGCUAAAACUAAAUACAAGGACAAAAAACUUUUGGGAACACGUGAAAUCCUGAAGGAAGAAGAUGAAAUCCAGCCGUCAGGAAAAGUUUUUAAAAAGGUCAUCCUUGGCAAGUACACCUGGCUUUCAUAUGAAGAUGUAUACAUUAAAGCUGUUAAUUUUGGAAAUGGCUUAGCUGUGUUGGGUCAGCAACCAAAGACUAACAUUGCUAUCUUUUGUGAGACUAGAGCUGAGUGGAUGAUUGCAGCACAGGCCUGCUUUAUGUGCAACUACCAGCUUGUUACUCUGUAUGCUACUCUGGGAGGCCCAGCAAUAGUACAUGGGCUAAAUGAAACGGAGGUGACCACCAUCAUUACGAGUAAAGAAUUGAUGCAGACAAAAUUGAAGGAAAUUGUUUCUCAAGUUCCACUGCUGCGACAUAUUAUUACAGUGGAUGGCAAACCAACGACAUGGUCAGAGUUUCCCAAGGGUGUCAUUGUUCACACUAUGGCUUCUGUGCAAGCUAUGGGGGCCAAGGCAGAUACUGGUAGGUUAUCUCUUCUUUCCGCCAGGCCUGUGCCCUCGGAUGUCGCGGUGAUCAUGUACACAAGUGGAUCCACAGGAGUUCCCAAAGGAGUUAUGAUCUCCCAUUGCAACAUAAUUGCUGGGAUAACUGGAAUGGCUGAGAGGAUUCCAAAUCUGGGGGAAAAAGACAUCUAUAUUGGCUAUUUGCCUCUUGCGCAUGUCCUGGAGCUGAGUGCUGAACUUGUGUGUCUGUCUCAUGGAUGCCGCAUUGGUUACUCUUCACCUCAGACAUUAGCUGACCAGUCGUCUAAAAUAAAGAAAGGAAGCAAAGGUGAUGUCACUACACUUAAGCCAACCCUAAUGGCAGCUGUCCCGGAAAUUAUGGAUCGGAUCUACAAAAAUGUCAUGAAUAAAGUGAAUGAAAUGACUAGUUUCCAGCGGAAUCUAUUUAUAUUGGCCUACAACUACAAAAUGGAACAGAUUUCCAAAGGUUACACUACCCCACUCUGCGAUAGCCUUAUUUUCCGGAAAGUGCGAAUGCUGCUGGGAGGAAAAAUUCGCAUCCUGCUUUGUGGAGGAGCUCCGCUCUCUGCAGCAACUCAGCGGUUUAUGAACAUUUGUUUCUGUUGCCCUGUAGGACAGGGUUAUGGACUAACUGAAUCAGCUGGAGCUGGAACAAUCACGGAAGUUUGGGACUACACUACAGGGAGAGUGGGAGCACCUUUGGUCUGUUGUGAAAUCAAGUUAAUGAACUGGGAAGAAGGUGGAUAUUACAACACUGAUAAACCAUAUCCUAGAGGUGAGAUUCUUAUUGGAGGGCAAAAUGUGACUGUGGGCUACUACAAAAAUGAAGUACGAACCAAGAAAGAUUUCACUGUUGAUGAGAAUGGGCAGAGGUGGCUUCAUACUGGAGACAUUGGAGAAUUUCAGCAAGAUGGAUGUCUAAAAAUUAUUGAUCGUAAAAAAGAUCUUGUAAAACUCCAGGCAGGAGAAUAUGUUUCUCUUGGCAAAGUAGAAGCUGCUCUAAAGAAUCUUCCACUGGUAGAUAAUAUUUGUGUGUAUGCAAGCAGUUUCCAUUCUUAUGUCAUUGGAUUUGUUGUGCCAAAUCAAAAGGAGCUGGCAGAACUAGCUCGAAAGAAAGGAUUUAAAGGAACGUGGGAAGAGAUCUGUAACAGUCCUGAGAUGGAAAAAGAGGUACUGAAGGUGCUAGCUGAAGCUGCCAUGGCAGCUAAUCUGGAAAAGUUUGAAAUACCAGUAAAAAUUCGUUUGAGCCCUGAUCCUUGGACCCCUGAGACUGGUCUAGUGACAGAUGCGUUCAAACUAAAACGCAAAGAGCUUACGGCAUACUAUCAAAUGGACAUUGAUCGAAUGUAUGGAAAAAAUGUAAAAUAAUUCUUUUUACUGCACCACUUUGCUACGAUGAGCUUGGAUCAAAUAGGAAAUACUUGAAUUGCCUGUCUCAACACUUGAGAUCAACACACAAACCCACCAUUCCUCAUUUGCAGCUUAAACUGUUAUUUCUGAUAACAUCACCAUGAUGACUGGCAAGUUUAGUAAAAUGUUAUGGCAGCAAACUUGUGUCUGUCUCCUUUUUUCCAGUUUUCUCUGCUACCUUGUCAGUCUGUGGAUUUUCCCAAGUCUUUUUGGGAAACCAUGAUUCUGAAGCCUCAAGUUUUUAAACAUUUAUAAAUCCUGUAUAAUGUUUUAUUUGUAUCUUUAAAAUUUGGAUGU